AUGGCGGCGCCAAAUCCGUACAAUAGGCUGUUGAAGAAAUUGGAAGUGAAUAAUAAAAGUUACAAUUAUUACGACAUAUCACAACUAGGAGCUAAAUAUGAUCGUCUGCCGUUUAGCGUGCGGGUACUUCUGGAAUCUUGCAUUCGCAACUGCGACAAUUUCCAGGUGUUGGAAAAAGAUGUAAAUAAUGUGCUGGAUUGGGAGAAGAACCAAGCUGUUGAAGGUGGAGUGGAGAUAGCUUUCAAACCAGCUCGUGUUAUUCUACAGGACCUGACAGGUGUUCCAGCGGUAGUUGACUUUGCGGCUAUGCGUCACGCGGUCAAACAGCUGGGAGGUGACCCUGACAAAAUAAACCCAAUCUGUCCAGCUGACCUGGUAAUAGAUCACUCUGUCCAGGUGGAUUUUGCUAGAACGCCCGACGCUCUGAACAAAAAUCAAGAAUUGGAGUUUGAACGCAACAAGGAGAGGUUCCAGUUUUUGAAGUGGGGUGCUCAAGCGUUUGACAAUAUGCUGAUAGUUCCACCUGGCUCUGGGAUAGUUCACCAAGUCAACCUGGAGUAUCUAGCUCGUGUCGUGUUCACCAAAGAUCUUCUGUAUCCUGACUCAGUAGUUGGUACUGACUCUCACACAACUAUGAUUAAUGGCCUGGGCGUUGUAGGGUGGGGGGUAGGAGGUAUUGAAGCUGAGGCGGUGAUGCUGGGUCAAGCCAUCAGUAUGCUGUUACCAAAAGUAGUUGGGUACAAGUUAGUUGGUGAACUGAACCCACUGGCGACAUCUACUGACCUAGUACUGACUAUCACUAAGCACCUUCGUUCUCUCGGCGUGGUCGGUAAGUUCGUGGAGUUCUUCGGUCCGGGCGUGUGCGCCCUCAGUAUAGCGGACCGCGCCACCGUAGCCAACAUGUGCCCGGAGUUUGGAGCCACUGUCGCUCACUUCCCUGUGGAUGAAAGAUCGCUGGAUUACUUGAGACAGACGAAUCGUUCAAAUGAAAAGAUAAAGAUAAUUGAGGAAUAUUUGAAGGCGACCAAACAGUUCAGAGACUACAGCAACCCGGAGCAGGACCCGGUGUUCUCAGAGGUUGUGGAGUUGGAUUUAUCGACAGUGGUGACAUCUGUGAGCGGGCCUAAGAGACCUCAAGAUAGAGUAGCUGUUAGAGAUAUGAAGGAGGACUUCCGGGCCUGUCUCACUAAUAAGGCAAUAUAA